UCCAUAAAAGUCAUUUAAAACGCAUUGGGAUUCUGGCAGCAUGCCUGAUAGCAGCACUGUACUGGCUGGUGUGGCAUUCCGGGACAGUACACACUAGGCCGAGGCCAGGCCUCGUGCUUGAUGACUUUGAACCACUGAGAAUGCCUGAAGGCUUCGAGUAUGACUUCACUCAUCAGAACAGCUCCCUGAAGCUGAGAAACCGUCACUUUAUGCUAGAUGGUAAGCCCCUCACCAUCCUCAGUGGUAGCAUCCAUUACUUCAGGGUACCGAUGGUGUACUGGAAAGAUCGGUUGUUGAAACUGAAAGCAGCUGGACUGAACACUGUGGAAACGUAUGUAGCCUGGAACAAACAUGAAGAGAGAAGGGGCCACUUUACCAUGGCAGAUAACCUAGAUCUGAGGCGUUUCAUCAAGCUGUCCCGCGACGUAGGGCUCUACAUGAUAUUACGACCAGGCCCAUAUAUCUGUGCAGAAUGGGACAUGGGAGGACUGCCCAGUUGGCUGCUACAUGACCCCACGAUGAAGAUGAGAACUAAUCAUCCACCUUACAUGGAUGCUGUCAGGAGCUACUUCAGGAAGCUUCUCCCUAAAGUCGUUGACCUUCAGUACAGCAGAGGAGGUCCCAUUAUUAUGGUCCAGGUGGAGAAUGAAUUUGGUAGUUACAGUGAUGAGGUAGAACACCUGCAGUUUAUAGCCCAAACUCUGCGGGCUAAUGGGAUCCAAGAACUUUUGGUAGUGUCAGAGAGUAGGGAGGGGGUACUUCGUGCUCCUUUACCUCAAGCCUUGCUCACGGUGAACUUUCAGAAGGCCAGUCAGGGGGAAGUGUUACUGGACUUGGUCCGUCGCUCCAAUCCGGACGUCCCGCUGAUGGUAAUGGAAUUUUGGACAGGCUGGUUUGACCACUGGGACAGAGAACACCAAGUGGUAGGCACAGAAAGACUAAUGGAAUCCUUACAGUAUAUUCUUACAAUGCAAAGUUCUGUCAACUUCUAUAUGUUCCAUGGUGGAACAAAUUUUGGCUUCUUUGCUGGUGCCAAUCAUUUCGACAAGUACAGAUCAGAUGUUACCAGUUACGAUUACGGGGCCUUAUUGACGGAGGCUGGGGAUGUCACAAGGAAGUUUAAAGUCAUUAAGACAAUGCUUAUGGAUUUAGUGUUAAAGCCCCAGGGAAUUCACAGUCUCCCUGACCCCCCACCUGAUGUGAUGAAGGCUGCAUAUGGUGACGUUGCUAUGGAUUUCUUCUUAAGCUGGGCAAACCUUUUACGAACAGUUGAGCCUAUCCGAUCUAAAUCAGUGGUUGCCAUGGAAAUGCUGGAUAUCAAUAAUAAUGGUGGCCAAGCUCAUGGUUACAUUGUGUACAGGCAUGUGCUAUCAACAGGUGGGGUGGUGAGGUUUGGAGCAGUCCAUGACCGUGCACAGGUUUUAUUGAAUGGCAUACAGGUAGCUGUGGUAAACUGUACCCUGGAGUCCAACAGGGUUCAUCUUCCAGAUGUGGCGUCACCCACCACAUUGGACAUCAUGGUGGAGAACCAGGGAAGGGUCAAUUAUUUCAGCUUCAAGAGCAAUUUGUUGAACAACCAAAGAAAAGGUCUGGUUGGCGAUGUCCUCCUCUCCAACACUGCCCUGCAAGACUGGGAGAUAUUUCCACUAGAAUUUAAUGACACCAUGUUGUACAGAAUUGAAGAGAGCCCAGCAUGGCAGCCAUUUGUAGCCCAGAGUGGGGUACCGUGUAUGUACCGUGGCAAACUGAGGGUUGAUGAUACAACACCUAGGGAUACAUUCCUUAACAUGAAGGGUUGGACCAAAGGAGUUGUGUUCAUCAAUGGGUUUAACUUGGGCAGGUAUUGGAAGGUGGGCCCUCAGGUAACACUCUAUGUACCAGCCCCAGUCCUAAAGUCAGGAGUUAAUGAGGUGUUAAUAUUUGAGGAGCACAGUGCAGGCAAAACCAUCAGAUUUCAAAGAAAUCCUGUGUUACAUGUAGACUGAGUGCUGUAUGUCGUCCCCAGUGAAUAAUCAGGCCUGGAGGUUUGGGCUCCACAAGGUCAGCUGUGGUGAACAUAAUGCUUUGUGUCAUCAUGUUAUGACCUUGUGGUCAAAAUUCUCAUGAGAUGGUCAUUUGGGAGCCAAGAUCGUGUGCCAUUUGGCAACAGUGUCCUUCACUGUGAAAGAUUAGAAACUAUUAUUUAGGAAUCAAACAAUUUUCUGGCCAUUUUAAAAAUUCCGAGGAGUGUUUUGCACUUUUACCUGGAUAUACCUGCUGGUAAACAUUUGAAUUUUGUGGUAUUGUAAUGGCAAUUUGUCUAGGUUUUGCCAUGACAUUACACGAUCUGAUCAGGUCUAUUUUACUUUCAUUUUUCUUACCUCACCAUUAAUGAGGUAAGGCGAGGUAUUGUUGGAGAAUUGACAUUCAUGUCGGUGCCUGGGUAAGAUUUUUUGUUUUUAUUUAGUAAAACAUUCCACUGCUACAUGAAUCAAAUGUGCAGUCAUAUUGAGGGAUCUGCAGUUUAAGCUGAAGUGCUUCUUGGUGAGCUGCCAGUGUUUUCCAGGCUGUUUUAUAUUAGCAAAGUACAUUUUCGUGAUUCAUAACUGACUUGUUUUAUAUUUGAAACUUUUACCACGUGUGCCUUCCUGUUUAUGAGACUGAACUUGUUACCCGAGGAAUAGGAGCAGCAUGUUUGUAGUCAUCUCUGUCUGUCAUUUCUGUACUCCGUGGUUUUCUAUAAGCAGUUAACAGUGCUGGAGUGCCCGUCUGCACUGUUUGAUGUUCAUUGAAGACCACGACCUAUAUGGUGUGCAAAUUUGUGCGUCACCUGUGGAAAAAUUUGUCAAUAACAUGUCUGAAGUUGUUGGUUUAUGCUUGGCAUAAAUAAAUGUUUUGAUCAGUUCAAAGUGACACUUCUGAGAUCGGUACUAUUGAAGGCAAUGGCUGACUUGUGACAGCACAGUGACACGACAUAAACACACUUCUAGCAUUUGAUUUAUAUGUGAAAUGAGAUAAAAAGGCUUUCCCUGGUGAUUCUCUGGUGGAAUAAAAGUUAGGGCUUCCUCGUGGGAUUUUCGGGGUCACUGAUGCGCAGUUUCCCAUGAUAAACCAUU